GGGAGUGGCUGGACUUUUGAGGAAAAGACUUUUAGAAGACUAUGUCAGAGACGGAGGACUCGUCAUGCGUAUACAAGAACUCAAACGCGCCCGUGGAGGCGCGUGUGCAAGACCUUCUGUCUCGCAUGACUCUGCCGGAGAAGAUCGGUCAGAUGACUCAGAUCGAACGCUCCGUCGCUACUCAUGGUGUCCUUACAGAUUACUUUAUCGGAAGUGUACAGAGCGGAGCUGGGACUUGGCCGUUCGAGGAUGCAAAGUCGUCGGACUGGGCUGAGAUGGUAGACGGUGUUCAGCGUUUAGCUUUAGCGUCGCGUUUAGGAAUCCCAAUGAUCUACGGCACAGACGCCGUCCACGGCAACAAUAACCUUUACGGUGCCACUAUUUUCCCCCACAACAUUGGUCUGGGCGCCACCAGAGACGCAGAUUUGGUCAAAAGAAUUGGAGCUGCGACAGCCCUUGAAGUGAGGGCUAGUGGCAUUCACUGGACGUUUGCCCCUUGCGUGGCCGUAUUGGGAGAUCCGAGGUGGGGACGAUGCUACGAGAGUUAUGGUGAAGCUUCUAAAAUUGUUUGUGAGAUGAGCUCGCUUAUUUCGGGCCUACAAGGAGAGCCACCCAAAGACCACCCUAACGGUUACCCUUUUCUUGCAGGAAGAAACAAUCUUGUGGCGUGUGCAAAACAUUUUGUUGGAGAUGGUGGUACCGAUAAGGGUGUAAGCCGAGGGAACACCAUUUCGUCGUAUGAAGACUUGGAGAAAAUACAUGUUGCACCUUAUCUGAAUUGUAUCUCGCAGGGAGUCUGUACCGUUAUGGCCUCUUACUCUAGUUGGAAUGGAAGUAAACUCCACUCUGACUACUUCCUCUUAACCGAAGUUCUCAAACAGAAACUCGGUUUCAAGGGACUUUUAGUUUCAGACUGGGAUGGUUUGGAGACCAUUAGCGAGCCAAAAGGUUCAGACUACCGUAACUGUGUCAAACUAGGGAUCAAUGCUGGAGUCGACAUGGUGAUGGUGCCUUUCAAAUACCAACAGUUCAUAGAAGAGCUUACAGAUCUGGUUGAGUCAGAGGAAGUACCGAUGGGUCGAAUCAACGAUGCUGUUGAAAGAAUACUCAGGGUGAAGUUUGUAGCUGGUCUCUUCGAAUUUCCUUUCACAGACAGAUCUUUGUUGCCUACUGUUGGUUGCAAGGAACAUAGAGAACUGGCACGCGAAGCAGUUAGAAAAUCUUUAGUUCUGCUAAAGAAUGGUAAAACAUCUUACAAGCCAUUCUUGCCGCUAGAUCGUAUGGCCGAGAGAGUUCUAGUGGUUGGAACGCACGCAGACGAUCUUGGAAGUCAGUGUGGUGGAUGGACAAAGAAAAUAUAUGGUCAAAGCGGGAAAAUCACUAUUGGCACAACGCUUUUGGAUGCCAUUAAAGCAAUAGUUGGAGGCAAAACUGAAGUUAUCUACGAGAGAACUCCAGCAAAGGAAACAUUAGCCUCGGGUGAAGGCUUCUCCUACGCCAUUGUUGCAGUGGGGGAACCUCCGUAUGCAGAAAAGAGAGGAGAUAACUCUGAGCUCACAAUACCUUUAAAUGGUAACAACAUUGUAGCUGCGGUUGCGGAGAAAAUACCCACUCUAGUGAUCUUGUUCACAGGACGGCCUAUGGUUCUUGAGCCAAAGGUUCUUGAAAAGACUGAGGCUUUGGUCGCUGCAUGGUUACCUGGAACUGAAGGGCAAGGAAUUGCUGAUGUCAUUUUUGGAGAUUUUGACUUUGAAGGGAAGUUACCAGUGAGCUGGUUCAAACAUGUUGACCAGUUGCCACUAAAUGCUGAUGACAGUUUGUAUGACCCAUUGUUUCCUCUUGGGUAUGGUCUCAGUUGCAAUUCCGGUUAACUGGUUUAGCUUCAUUGGUUUGUUUCAGGUGCCGGGUGCAAAUAUCUGUUUUACUAAAACAGAAGUACGAUUAUAAAAUACCCAUAAAACUUGCACAAGAUUUACCAUUAUCUAAUGUCACUGAGAAUUUAAUUAA